UCUCUCCUCCAGUUGUGUUUAUUUGCGGAGGGGACUCGGUUCACUAAAGAGAAGCACAGGGUGAGUGUGGAGUUCUCUAAGGAGAAUGGAUACCCAGUACUGAAGCACCACCUACUGCCGAGACCAAAGGGAUUCACUUUCCUUGUUAAUAAUCUUAAUGACACAAUCCCUGCAAUAUAUGAUAUUACGUUUGGUUAUGUGGAGGGUGAACCCAGUAUAGUGGGAGUAAUGGAUCAACUUCCUUGUGCCUGUGACAUUGCAGUCAGACGUAUUCCAAUGUCUGAAGUUCCCAUUGGAUCAGAUGAAGAGUGUGCAAAAUGGCUCACUAACCUCUACAAGGAAAAGGAUGACCUGGUGGAUCAUCAUAUCAAGCACAAGGUCUUUCCUUCUCCUUAUCACGAGAUACAGGUCCCUACCCGUCCCUGGCCUAAUGUCGUGAUGUCCAUUUGGAUACUGUUCGUUGGUCUACCCAUCCUCUCUCUGGCCUCUUAUUUAUUAUAUGUGGGGGCGUGGUACACUCUAGUGGGUGUGGUCAGCUCAUUAAUAAUAGUUAAUCAGCUUUUUUAUUUUAUUAUUAAAAUGACUGAAGUUCGUUAUGGAUCAGACCACGGACUUAAGAAGAAGGCCGACUCUAUCAAGAAUAAAGAAGAGGAUACCAAAGAGACUUUUAAGAAUCAUAAAAAAGAAAAAUGAUCCUAAUAGUAAUAAUAAUAAUAAUAAUAAUAAUAGGAGACUAUUGGAAGGAAGGCCAUUCCUGUAUUUAGGUGUUUAAUAAAUUAUUGUUUAUAUUUUUAGUGUCAAUUUAUCUUAUUUUUAAUCACUUUGAUUUAUAGUAAUAAAAAUUGUAA